GUAACAUAGCGGGCAUUUUGGAUGUGGUGAGUGUUCCGUGUAUCUAUGUCUCCGAGUGUCAUUCGUUGCUCGUUUAAGGAUAUGGAAUCAGGUGAUUUGGAAGGAACAGCGAGUAACUGGCUACGGUAAGUAUUCUAUCUUGGAUAUGGCUCUCCAGUGGUUAUAUACUUCUCGUGUAAUAGUGCUUCGUAACGCCCGUCUUUCCUGAAAGGAUAUGACGUAACAGCAACGCCCACGUAACUCCUUCUAGGAACUUGACAGAGUCCCAGAGACGUAUGGAGUCUCUCCCGCGCAGUAGACCUAACCUCGAAAAAGGUCCGUGCUGAAAGCUGAAAGAAUUGAAAUAUAUACAAAGGAUCGAUAUAGUCAAGUGAAGUUGGCGAGCAUCGUCCAAACUGAAUGUAGAUAGUUCGAGCAUGUUAAUGACGGAUAACGAUUCUCUAAGUUCUUGCAGUAAAACAUUCUGGGCCUCUUUUCCUCAUUCCUACCGUGUGUCACGAAAGGAGCAGAACAGUGUAUAAAAUGUGCUCGCAGCAGGCAGCUGCGGGAAGCAGCCGGCCUGACAAACCGGGCAAGUCUGUGCUACUCACCCUAGCGUGGAUCAGCUAGAGUCCAACGGAAAUAUACAGUACAGUAUAUUUCGGUACUAUAAUCUGAGUGCGGUUGGGAUACUAUAGUAAGUGUUGUACGGGUCUGAGUGGGGCCUGGUGUUCGGGGGCCACAUGUGUGCGUCACAGCUGUCCCUCGGACAAAACAGCCGAGCGAACAAGCGGCUUGAGAAGGAAGAGGAUCUUGGACUCGUCAGCCACGAACCACUGGAGAGAAUGGACAGCGAAAGGGGGGAGAGGGAGAGAGAGAGAGAAAUGUCUCUUCUAAUCAACCUGGGAAAUGUCCAAUGUCACGAGUUCGAUCGCGACCCACAUUCGGCCAAGGGUGCAAACGUCUUUGAAUCGCGUGUCUACCGACCGAGCGCUGCGAUCGCGUGACGUUUCUUUGUCACGAUCGACCUACGUUCUAUCGUACCUCUUAAUAGAGUUAUAAAGAGGUUGCCGUUCCUUGGAUGUGCCAUAUCCAUAUACGGGAGGCUAUGGAGAUUCUACCUAGAGAUCUACCAAGGAGACUGAGGAAAUGAUGGAGAAUCAGCUAACAUCAUAUGUACGAGCAGAACGUGUUAUCUCUCUACGUUGCCGCAUCUUGAAAGAUCUUGAAAAGGAACCUUUUUCCCUGGGGCAGAAUUUUCAGGUUCUAUUCUUUCGGUCGAUUUCGUGCAAAUGCGAGUCCAAGGUGGAUGAGACCCAUGAGCAGGUAGGAGAGAGGUAGAUAUCUUUUUGAAAGAGGCUUAAGCACUGUCUAACCACUGUUGACCAGGUCGACACAGAGCCGGCUACGUCCGAUCCCUCCUGCCUGAGGAAUUUCCAGGGCCCCUUUUGGGAUAAUGGGUCCGUGGUGAAGGUUUCAGACCUGUUUGAACUCCGGCUUGGCUCUAGGAGAUGGGUCUGACGUUGCGACUGAGGUACCACUGGUGGACGCUUAAUUUUAGCGUCCAACCAUCGAUUUCUGGUAGGUAGAGACUCACACGGUGAUUCUCCUACCUAUCUGCCAACUUAGAAAACUGAACUCUUCGCCGAGAGGAAACGCCAUAUUUAUCAGAGGUACGGAAGGCUCAGAAAAUUCAAAUAGAAAACUAUAACGAGUCUCACCUCGUUCCUGCGACCUUAACUUCAUAAAAUGAACUUCCCAUUUUCCUCCUGCGACCUAACCAAUUGCUGGGAUCAAAGCACAACAGUUGAAAAUUCUAGUUUAUCUACGCGAAAUGACUAUUAGAAAAGGGAUUCUGGUAUACGUUUGGCCAAUCCCGAAGGAGGCGUUCGCCAAAGAACUAGGAUUUUCGAGGACGCGUGGUGAAGUAGUGCGGAAAACGAAGUCCUGAGAGACGAGAUACGAUUUCUUCCUUCUCCCGAACCAGGUUAGCGACCACCUACGAGCGAGUAACGGAGCUUUCAGCUGCAACCUAUGUACGUUCUUAGGAAAACUCCGACAUUCGGUGCGUGCUGCCGGGUGGGGGAGUCACUUUAGGAGUUUAAUGACCAAACUGCGUCACUGUUGCGUGCACCACGAACACGACUUACUCCAAAGAACCAGAAACCUCCGUUGGUUUAACAAAGACAGAUGGAAUUUCGACAUAAACCAACGUCAAGACAACCGUUCUUAUCCAAAGAACAUUUUAUCAAGAUGAUGACUAUGGAACUCUGCAUUUACCAUGUUAUUAAUAAACAAAAAUUUAUCAUACAAUCCGAAUAAGAUCAUAUGCCUUUAAAGAAACUUAGAGAUAAGCCAUAAAAUUAUAUCUUACACGCGCAACACCUUUCUGCAAAAUCUUAGGUAUUACCCAGUUUUAUCAAUCUCGAUUAUUACACUGUGUCUGAUUAGCAGUUCAUGUAUCUGUGCUCUAAGGCAAUAGGGGGUUCUGAAGGGUUCUGAGACCCCUGAGAUCAGUAGCUCUGUAUAAUCGCAUUCAGCUAUCGCAACCUCGCAUUGGUAUCAUCCUAGGCAACAGUCCUAUUUCAGUGCUCCAGAUAGACACGAUGAUCCUUCUAUCGCUAGUCGUACGUGAACCAAGCUGAUGCUGGUCCCUCUAUGAUACAUGCGUGUUCGAUGGCUGUGACGAAGUGAAUCAUACUCAUACUAAAUUAUAUCUAACGAGUAUAUCACCGUGAAAAACGUCGCUACGGGCCAAACUUGCAGCUUCUUGACGGCCGGACGCCAGUUGCUCGAGUUGGCCAACAUUCAACAAGUGACUGACGCUGACGUGAAGUACGACAAUCCUGGAUCUUGACCCCGAGGGAUGGAAUUCGUUUUAGGAUGCAUAUGCAGACGCCUCAAACGCCAUCUGGAGCAAAUUAUGGGAGUCUGAAUCAACACGGCAACUCUAGGAUGUAUCAGAACGCCAUCUACAUUACCGUAUGAAGUAAAACGUGGAAAUAAAAGAACAUGUUGUGAUUUUGAGAUAAUGUAGCCAAGUAUUACAAUAAAAGAAUAGAGUAAAAAAUCUAUAAUGUUCGUCCUGGUAAACAUGUUUGAGCCUAUAUAUUUAAAAAAAUAGAACAAGAUCGUGCCGCCAUCUAACUAUCAUGGUUACAAUUAAACAUAUCUUGUAAUUUCCAAAAAUAGUAGCUUCUGUGCAAGCAGAAACUCACUGGUGAUGUACACAAACAGAAUUUCUGCCAUAUCUAGCCAUAUCCGAACGAAUUAUCAUCAAACUCUGAGACAAGUGAUUGCGAUCAAUAUCAAUUCAAAAUGGUUAACCGAAGAUGUUCCGCCAAAACAUGUUUCAACGAAUCAAUUUCCAGACCUGACUUGAAAUUUUUUCUAUUCCCGAAAGCGGAACAUGACGCUCGUAUUUGGGCUAAAGCUUGUGAUAGACCUGAACUUAUGAACAAGAGUCUAGAUAUACUACGCCGAUAUGUUCUUUGCGCUGAACACUUUGAGGAUCGUUGGUUCAUUAACCCACCACACAAUACAGCAUUUAUUAAGACAGCACUUCCAAUACCAACGAUAUUUCGGAAUAAUAUCAAGGAGAUCUUAGUUCAUCAACGAAAAAACUUAUCAGUAUCUAAUGGUGAUGCUGCUGCCACAAUCGAUACAACGGAACAAACGGAAACUGACAAUAUGACUAUGACGCAAAAUUGGAGAUUCAACACAGAAGCAGAAUUCAAUUCACAAUCGGGAGACAAUUCUAAUGAAGAGCAAAGGAAUGCGGAUUUAGUUAUCAAUGCUUCUGAAGUUAAUAAGGAAGAUAACACUUAUAACUUCUGUAGACUAUGUGCAUGUUUAAUACCAGCCAGUUUAUUGAGCUCUAUUUAUGAUACACACAUGAAUCUAAAGAUAAAUAAAAUAUUACCAAACGAGGCUCAUCUAUUUAAGCACGAUGGAUUGGCUGAGGAAGCAUGUAAGUCUUGCAUAGAUAAAUUGACUGUCUGCAAUGACACAAUACAACAAUUUAUAAAUGCAAAUCAAAAAUUAAGAGAGUUAAAAAAAAAUCGAGUAGAGGAAAAUAUUAAUCAGUCAUUAUCAUCAGAAAGUACUUGUCGCACAGAAAAUGAUACAGCUCAUCCAGAAGAAAAUUUACAAUUCAAUUCAAGUCAAUGCUUUGAUGUAAAUUUGAAUCAUAAGUCUGAUACAACCAUUGUGGAUAUUAAAGAAGAGGAUAGUGUUGAUGUAGAAAAUGAAUUAAAUAACACUGAAAUAUAUUUCCAAAAAACUAAAACUACAAGUAUGAACUCACAGAAGUCGUCGUUGUCAAAGUCAGUAUCUUUGAAUAAUAAUAAUAGCGAAGAUACACUAGAAAUUUCUCAAAUUACAAAACCAAAAAGAAGUAUGUUAUCGGAAUAUCGAUCGAAUUCUAACAGAAUCAAGUGUCCUGAAACUACAGUAUUCAAGUGCAUGAUAUGCAACGAGGAAUUUCUUAAUAGAAAUUCAGUAGUGGAGCACAGUAUAGCAAUCCACGCAAUCAAAGGUAAAAAACACGAGGUAAAAUAUACCGUGACUAAGAAAAAAAUUGAAAAGAGGAGACAAUUAAAAAAGUAUCACUGUACUAGCUGCCCCUUGGAAUUCACUAAUUGUCAAACUUAUCAAGCUCAUAUGAAGUGGCAUCCAUCGAGGAACAAUACGUACGAAUACUGUGACAGAUACUUCAUAUUACAAAGCAGAUUAGAAUCUCACAAACGAUUGCAUUUCAGUCAAAAACCAUACCAGUGCAAUAUUUGUAACGAGUCAUUCGUCUUUAUUAACAGUCUUAAGCGUCAUAAAAAGUCUCACAUGGGGGACAUGUCAUUGCAUAAAUGUAAAAGAUGCAACAAGAUGUUUCCCACGAUAGCUCUUAUGCAAAGACACACUAAAGCCCAUUACGAAAAGAGGGUCUUGUGCAAUUUAUGCGGAAAACUUUUGUCUUCUCCACAAAAUGUACAAUAUCAUCUGACAACGCAUAGCGAAGAACGACCAUUUUCUUGUACGAUUUGUUCAAAAUCAUUCAAGACCACCAGUAAAUUAAAUUGUCACAAUAAAAAACAUCGAGUAGAUCAUAGAUUCGAGUGUAAUUUAUGCGACAAGAAAUUCCGUAUGAAAUCAUUGCUUAAACAACAUAUGAAUACGCAUUUGGGUGAGAGACGUUAUUUUUGUGAAAUGUACGGUGCUCGAUUCAAUAGGUAUGGAAAUCUUACUAAACAUAGGAAACGACAUGCGGUGUCAUCAGCAUUAGAAUCAUCAUACACUUGUGAUAUUUGCCAUAAGAAUUUGAAAACUGCAUUUGCAUACAAGUAUCAUAUGGUGAAGCACAGUGAAGAGCGACAGCCAUACUCUUGUGAUAUUUGUGAUAAACCUUUUAGGCAAAUUGCACAGUUAAGAGUUCAUAAUAGAUUGCAUACUGGUGAGCGACCUUAUGCCUGCACUGAGUGUGGUCAACGAUUUCGGACAAAAGCAACAAUGGAUCAGCAUUAUAUAACUUUGCAUACAGAUAAUUAUCCACAUGAAUGUCCUUAUUGCGACAAGCGUUUUAAACGGCUACAUUCAUUAAACUGUCAUAAGAAAACUCAUACUGGAGAACGUUCAUACGUAUGUCGGAUUUGUUAUCAUGCUUUUGCACAAAAAGGUGAUAUGUUGAAACAUAUGAAAAUACAUAGUCAGAGGGGCUUAGACAGUCAUUUUCAAAGAGCACAUAAUCAAUCAUCAAAUAGUGAUUUUCUUGAGGAAUCAACUACCGACACAGAAGAUUCAGAAUGGAUGACAGAAGUGGAUUGUAGCGAGGAGGAUAUAACAAAUGAUUAUCUAAUGACUGAUGAUGAAUUGAGAACUAAAUACAAUUAAUUAUUAAGCAAAGGAA